AUGCCACCUGGCGGAUCAUCGCUCCGGCUCACGUUUAAGGGCGACAAGCCGAAACGCAAGCGCAAGACCCAAGAUGGCGCGUCGCGCAAGCGUGCGGCGGCCGUAGAUGACGAGUCAGAUGCAGAGAUGUACGGGGGUGAUGAACAGGCAUGGGUGACGCCGGACGUGCGUGACGAGGUGACGGGUCCCUGCUUUGUGCAUCAGCGCCGUGAGGAUGGCUCGGCUAUCGUGCUGAGCUUCAACGCACCGCUCUCACAAGUCGAGACAUCGAAGGUCGAAGUCCCGUCCAUAUCCAUCGACGGCGAGGGCGAUGGACCUACCAUCGCAGGCGUCGAGGUCACACCCCAGACCGUGCACCAGGUGUGGGUGGCGACGAGUCUGCCCGAGUCGGACAAGUGGACGAUGAGGAGUGCCCAAGGCACGUUUCUCGCUGCCGAUAAGUACGGCGACGUCACUGCGACGAACGAGGCGCGCGGACCGCACGAGGAAUGGACGCUCUGGCGCGUCGAUCCCGUGCCCUGUGACGAUGCCUACACGAUACCCGGUCCACGAGCGGGCUAUGCCUUCCAGUCGAAGCACGGUGGAUGGCUCGCUACGGACGACACGUCCGAGCAGCGCAAGCGACUCGUGCGUGCCGAUGCCACCGACGUAUCAGGUGCCUGCGUAUGGGACAUCCGUGUCCAAUGGCGCUUCCGCCACGCAUGCAGAAAGGCGAAGCGAGGUGUGUCUACGUCUGGAAGUACGUCCCUCGUGGAUGAGGCACAACUCGCACGAUCGCGCCAGGGCUGGACGGCCGGCGCAGCCCACCACGUCCCGCCGGCGUCCCGCCGCGAAUUGCUGCGUGCUCAACGCGAGGGCCGACUGGCUGAGGCCAUGCUCGACCGCCGUUCACAGCUGAAGAGCGAUAAGUAUACCAAGUAA